AUGACAAUGUUUAGAUCUAUCUCCAUGGCAAUGUUGCUCAUCGCGCUAGUUUCAUCCAUUUCUAUCGUUGCUUCCGCUUCAUCCCCAGAAGCCGACUUUGUUAAGAAGACCAUCGCUUCCCACAAGAUCGUCAUCUUCUCCAAAUCCUACUGCCCGUACUGCAAGAGAGCAAAAUCAGUGUUCAGAGAGCUGGAUCAGGUUCCUUAUGUUGUGGAGCUUGACGAAAGAGAAGAUGGAUAUAGCAUCCAGAGUGCAGUUGGAGAGAUUGUUGGAAGGCGAACAGUACCUCAAGUUUUCAUCAACGGAAAACACAUCGGAGGAUCAGACGAUACUGUAGACGCGCAUGAGAGUGGGGAAUUGGCCAAGCUUCUUGGUGUUUCCGAAAACACAAAAGCUGAGCUCUAG